GUUAAAACGUUCGAAGUCGUGUACUUGUGGGGUGUUUUAUGUGAAUUCACUGGCUAUAUAUUAUACCUAAAGGUUUGUUUAAAGGAAAGAUAAGUACAGUAUAUUUUUAAGAGACAAAUAAAGUUUAGCAAUGUAUGCUUUGAUUCGCAUACACACUGAAUGUAAGUAACUGCUUUGUUUUCUGUCGUUGUCGUUGUCGGAAGCCAAACUCUCCCUAGUUAGCGUUCCAGGACUACACCACUGGGGCCCUGGUGUGAUGUUCAAGGCCAAAGAAACCAAGGCUCAACGAUCGCUUCCUACGUUUUCGCGGCGAUUUUUUUCGCUAACCAAUCACGUUGCUGAAUUCCUUUUCUACCUUUGUGACAACAAAUUCUCCUAGUAACCCUGGCUUAAUUUGUCCCAAGACAGGUUUAGUUUGGUAAGGAAUGAAGACGGGACUACAUGAAGUAUACAAUUUAAGCUAGGGGCAUUAUAUUGGUUCAGAUGUUUCAUGAAUCAUGACUUGCUUGGAGCAAGGCCAAUGCAAGGUUGGCCCCCAGGAAGAUGUGUAAAUUGACAAAUUUUAUUAAUUAUGCACUCAUGCUUUUUUUUAACGAAAUCAUGUGAUUUAAUAUUAGCCAAAAUAUCACCUGUCAGUGUGUGUUUCACAUUGGCCUUUACUUGGCAUACUGGGUUACUGACGUUAAUUUAUACCUGCAGACUGGCACAGAGAUCUAACCACAGUCGCAUUUAUAAUCCCCUUACCCAUCAGACCAACUCUAAUAUUUUCAUGCAGUAUUUAAAUUAGUCCAAAAUGGACACAAUAAACUCUGCAUAUUUAAACCAGCUUAUUUUCUUGUCCAGUUUUAAAGUUUAGCCAGAUUAUAGUUGACUAGCAAUUUUUCACUUAUGGCGUCUUUAAGUCUAAAACUGUCAGAUCCAACCAGAAAUGUUGCAUAUCUUUCAAAAAGGGUCAUGACAGUUUUUUUUUCUUAUUUGCUUAACCUAGCAACUGGCUAAACGUAUUCACCUUUCAUAAUCAGAAAAUUAUGCAAAUAGACAGUUGGCGUUGUUGACAGUCGUGUCAUCAGUAUAAAGGACGCAGUAAUCCGGUAAUCACAUAUCGUAACACGACUCAGUUUGCAGUGAAUCAACCAUGGCAGCUCUGAAACUGUUAUUUCAUUUGGUGUGGUUAAUUAUCAGCCUAAUCUUGGAAACGCAUGCUGUUCCUCACAACACAGGUAGCAAGACUCAUGGUUAUGGUUCAGCCAAGAACGUCUUAAUCUUCGGUAAGAAUGCUUGCAAAUGUUUUGUUUGUUCUUUGAUUUUGUAUUCUUCAUUUGACAUCUAUAUUAGGACGGUACCACCUAAAAACUGUGAUUUCAACAACAGUGUUUCAAGGCAGCAUUGCCAUUAAAAUAUUAUCCAUUUUGUCGAAUUUUUUUAUAUCAGAUAGCACUCUCCUCAAAUAUAGUUACAAUUUGAUUCCUACGCAGUCACUGUUUCAUUUCCGAUCUUAGGGUAAACGUACAUUGCCGAUAAAUCAAUAGUGCCCUUCGCAAACAUUUACUUGCUGUUUCUCAUGAUCAAUGUUUCCACCUUUUUGCGCUCUUAUAUAUGGAAUAGAAAGAAACUGAUGAGUAAUUUCUGUUUUCCGUUUAUGGCAGCUCAGAUAUCAGUUGUGUCUAGGAACUUUAAACUCAGUCGACCCUGCCUUAGAGACUUAGACCCCCUUUUAAAGCUUUUUAUCAACCCAAAGACCAAUUUCUGUUGAUGUGUGAAAUUGUGAGGUGUUUAAAAACAGAUUAACAUGAUCUAGCGUUGAGUGCAGUAACAGUAAGAAAUAUUGCCAUUUGGCUUGACAUAUACGUAUGAAGAACCAUAUAGCCAUAGGCCAGUGAUUUUAUUACUGAUUCAACUGUUUCAACACUUUGUACGUUACAAGUUGUACACGAGAAAUUAGCACGUCUGCACACUAAUCCUCGUUUUGUGAUGCCAGUAAUUGGUAACCGUAUGAAUAUUUUCAAAGUGUACUAAUACAUGUAUCGGUUGCAUUUUAUCAUCAUAGCACGACAGCAGCUGUUUCAGAUGUCAAAAUUCUAUAUUUCUAUAUAUUUGAGCCGGAAUAGUAUUGAUACUUAAUGCAUCUGAGAUUACAAUUGUUUAGUAAAAAAGCUUUAUUUCACGAGGGAAAUGUAUUAUUAUUAACCAAAAUAGUUAUAUAACAUACGGCCCUCACAAUUUUACACUGAAUAUAUCAUUUUUCGUCAGUUCCUUGUAAAUGAAACGAAGGGACGUUUUGAUAACAAACCUAUCAAUUAAGGCCAAAUUAAACAAUCUAAUUUCAUACAGUGCGGGUCAGGCUAAGUUUAGCAUAAUGUAGCAGCAUCAGUUGGCUGACAGGAAAGCAAUGCAAUAUAUAUACUAGCUGAUAUUUAUUUAAAAAAGAAAAUUUGAUCGAUAUCAAUGACAAUGAAAAAACAAAACAUUCUUCAAUCCACUAUAUUCUCGGUAUCAAACCUAAGUUAUGAAUGCUAUCAUUUUUAUCAUGCAUGAUAUCUGUGUACGAUCUUUUCCGAUAUAGUUAUUUCUUUUAAAACAUAUCUUACUGCUCACAGCUUGUGACAAUGUAAACAUCUAAAGAAGGCAUAGAAAGAUCGCUAAUCAUAUAAUUAAUUAUAUCAGGCUCACAUGCAGAGCAUAAACGCAAGUUUUCAAUAAAUCUUAAUAAAAACAUACUGUGUUUGAUCCGAUCAAAAUUUCCGAUUGAUUAAUUGGCUUUUGCUCCACUGUCUAGCUAGAGAACGCGCCACACUCUUUUUACACUUUUGAGAACUUUUUUGAAAAACUUUAAGUCUAUGAAUUACACUGCCUUACCCUGAUACAAAGCUAAGGUGAAAACGGUCAGUCAUAAAUCACGCCUUUGAAUUUAGUUAUUGUGUAUAUAUAUCAUUACUGGAGACAAACAGGCUAUAUCAGUGAUCGUCAUGCCUUUGUUAGACGAAUUUCUCCCUGUGUGUUAACAUAUGUCAUGCUGUAGACUGUAGUUAACUUUUGUACAAUGUAUCUAUACUUGCAGCCAAUAUGCGGAGAGGAUGCUAAUUCAUAGAUAUCUUAUAUAAGAUAUCUAUGAUGCUAAUUAAACAUAAAAAUGAUAUUCUUCUUAUAGUCAUGAUCACAACAUAUCAUAAUAGUGUCACUUUAAUUUAACGAUAGAACAAACUUCCGAAACUAUACCAAAACAAUGCUAUCAUAUUCAAAAUGUUAUGACGUUCUCACGUGCAAUAAUUCAAUUUCAUAUAUGUAUGCGAAGCUAGUUGUUUAAGCAGAAAGAGGCUUAUGCUAUUAAGUUAUUUGGCUGAAGUAAAGAUAGCGUUGUAACUCUAACUUCCAACAGGCAACAUGAUGAACUAAAUAGUGACAUGUGUAAUGCUUUAUCACACUGUGAUUUAACUACAUGCAUUCUUCUGUCACUACGCACUACAGUAUGUCUUCAAUAAAACUGCAAAAUUUCACUCUUGCACUAUAGAUAUAGUAUAGGCGUACAGGCAAAAACAUUUGGGGGGCUGAUACUACUUUGCCCGACAAACAAUUUACACAUCAGUAUAGUAGCGGAUAGAACAAUACGUCCUUUUUGCGUGCAUGUAUGUAUUACAAGGACAUCAUUACAACUAACGUCCCAACAAACUGCUCAACAAAAUUGCCCGACUCUAAUGACUGAAGUAGAAACAGAUUGCCUAACUUUGUUUUACCGUUUCUAUUCCCUGCAGAGAACCCCCAACCCCUCCCACAAACCAUGACCUUGCACUUCAAUUUUUAGGAUAAAUUCCUCGUGAAUUUUGUUAGCAUUUUCUAUUUCAUUAAUUAUAAAAAGACUCCAGGGCGAAACAACGCGGAGAGGAAAAAGCGUUCAAUAAUUUAGUUUGGUAUAAACAUAUAUAGUCAUGGAUGAGCGUUCCUUGAUUAAUAAUUUAUUGUGUAAUGUAGAAGAGUCUCGCCUUAGGCAUAGCCUGGCUUGCAUAUUUUACUUCAUUGCUGCAUUGCAAUUGAUUCUAUACUCAGUUACAUUGUACCUUGUCUUUAAUCUUUAGUUCAAACUGUUAGAAUUGAAAUCUUUAGUUGAAACUGUUUGAAUUACUGUGCAAAACACAAUUUAGCUGAAUUUUGAAUACUAAUAAAUUAUACUGUAGUAAUCAGCCUAACACUUCUAGUUUUGAAUCAAUAUUGCAUGCUCUUCUUUAAUUUUAUUGCUGUGCCUGAAAAUAUAAUAAUAAUGCAACUAAAAUGCAUUUGGUGCAGAGUGAGUUUCACAAACUCCUUUCUCAAAUCAUUACAAUAUGGGACAGGUCUGAAAAUAACUUAACAACUAACUUCCCUUAAUUAAUUAUAAAUCCUAAUCCUAAGUCCUAACCUUAAUCGUAAUGAUGGUUUUACAUACGCUAGGAUUUUUAUUGACUUAUUUACCAAUGAGGGAGGAUCUAGGUAUGCGCAGGAGACUAGGGAGGAUCCUGCACGCAUGCAGCUCAUGUAUGAACAAUAAUAAGCCAUAUAGUUUGGGGAUACCAUGCAUGAACUCUUUAAUGCAAAUGGUCCUUUUACUCCUUUGCUCAUAUCCAAAUAUCUUCUUAUGUUAGUUCUGUAUCUCUCUUGUGAUACGUGUUAGGUAUUGAUGGUCUCGGCGGAGUUCAUUUGGAAAACGUCACGUCAAAAUAUCCCGGAUUUCGCUCAUUUUUUGAAGAAGGAAGUUUUACAACUAAAGCAAGAUGUGAAACACCAACAGUAAGGAUAAGAACAAAAAGCCCAACAAUAAAAUUAACAUUAUAUACUCAUCAGUUGUUUUUUUGUACUGUACAUGCAUGCAGUAGCUAACCUGCAUGUAAGAGGCAAGGAGUAUUACAUAUAGAUACCAGUUAUUAGUUGAGUAGUGUCACUUGUUCCUCAUGCAAUCCAUUAAUUUCGGAAUUUGGAAGGAAGAAUUUCCUCUCGAUCUAAUCUAUUCUCAAGUUAAUCCGUAAUAAUUAAAAACCUGAGUAUUUCAAGCAUUUUGUCAAAGUUUUGAAGCCUGUUUGCCUUGUCUCGUUUUAGCGAUUUACACUCAUGCUCUUCCCAGGCCAUUUACGUUCCCUCCUAUAAAGGCGCGUUUACACUUGCAAUUUUUGUUGCGAUUUCAGACGCGAUUUUCUUCUCCUGAUGUAUGUGAACGAAUGGAUGAGGUAGGAAUGUUUAGAUGAGGAUAUAUAUACUCAGAGCAUUCGUAACUUAUUCACUCGUUCACAUCCAUCAGAAGAAGAAAAUCGCACUAGAAAUCGCAGCAAAAAUUGCAAGUGUAAACGGGUUUUAUAAAAGGGGAGGGAGCGCUGAUUGCAAUAUAUAGGCCGGGGCAUUAAUGGAGGCAUUAGUCUGUCAUCACAGGUUAACCAACUGCAUCAACGCUCAUGUUUCACGCACAAUAUAUACUCAAUAUAGGAUUAGGGUCGUGAUUGAGGAUCAAAAUCAAAGAGAACUGCAUGCGUGCGCAAAACACGACUAAUUUCUAGUGCAGUGGGUUCACUCAACGAUUUUGUCGAUCAUCAGCAGAAUCUGAACUGACCUGCAGUCUUUGGCAAAAAUCUGCAUGAAGAAUAUAAUUUAAAAAGCUUGAUAACUGUAGAAUGUGACUACCACAAAAUAAUUUCUAUGAAUAAAAACAAUAUAAAAUCCUCCAACAAACACUGUAAUUUCAACACUGCCUGCACUGGAUCUACGUGCACGUUCAAGAUAUAUUAUCACUGAAUUGGAUUACCAUAUUGCUACGUUAGGAUGUAUAUGAUGUAGUUUUGUUAUUGACACCCAAUUUCUAGGUGAGUGCGUCAAACUGGGGCACCUUAAUAACUGGUAUGACUCCAGCUGAAGCCGGGAUCCAAGCAAAUUACUGGACACCAAAAUAUGCUCGACCUGAAAACAUCACUCAACGAGGUCAUUUUGCACCAAUAUCUGGCGAAGGAGUACCUGAGAAUAUCUUUGAUGUAAUAUACAAACAGAAAGAUUUAGAAGUAAGAAACUGAAAAUUACAUGACGCUCACGUUACUAUAAUGAUAAAUUAGCAAAUGCUAUUAAGAUAUGACCGUAUCAGAGAUUAUCAAGCACCUGCAUGCAAUCUCUGUACAAAUUAGUUGAGAAAUUGUUCAUAUUAUGCUUCGAUAUAAUAAAUUACAUACCUUAAAUUGCCUACUCCCAAAUCAAUGUUUUUUAUGAACCAACAUUGAUUAUGGGGAGGGAAGGAAGGUGUAGCAGAGUUGUUAACUCUUAUUUAAUAAGUCUCAAAUUAAACGAAACGUUGGUAUUGAAAUUUUAUUUUUUUGUAAAUCAGCAGCGGGCGGAAUCCUAGCGUUUUCUGCAAUCUGAUUGGCUGCAGCAGCGGGCGGAGUUUUACGAUAUUUGACCACGGUCCGGAAUCCUAUACGUAAUGGCCGAAGCAAAGCAAAAGUUUUUUGUAUGUUUGUUUUAAAACUGAAAAAUAUGAAUAUGUAAUUUUGAAAUAAUUUUAAUGAUGGAUAAAAUAAUUGUACUGUAUUUUAAUUGAAUUGUUUGUUUUCUAAAGUAAAAUAAUUAAAUAUCAAAAUUUUGUUAUUGUUUUGUUUUCUAUACGCGAUAUCUAAUAAAACCGUUGCCAUUUGCCUCUGAGUCUUCGACAAAAAAAUAAAUACGUUAUUUACCGUUUAGAUCGGUCGAGAAAGAAAAAUAUUUUGUCUCGGUCUCAAAAACGUCCCUCGGCCUUGGGCCGUUUUUGAGACCUCGACAAAAUAUUUUUCUAUCCGGACCUCCCAGCCGGUAAAUAACAUAUAUAUCUUUCUGUUUAUAGGUAUACAUGGGCUAUACGUGGGACUGGUUUCAUCAUUUUACAACCAACGAGACAGUAGAUCACAUGUUCCGUGGAGCACAACUGCCAUACUUUAAUGGCACUGCUGAUUGGUUGAAAUGUGCAUUUAGUUUUGGGUGUAUCAAACAUUCUGAUGAGGCUGUUUAUAAUGCUACUGUCAAGGCUAUCAAGGACAGGCAACCCAAUGUUAUGUUUCUGCACUUCUGUAAGUAA